CCACCAGCUAGUUUAAAACCAGAGCUGCCACUGCAUCCACCCUCACUUUUCUCUCUUUCUCGUCUUGCUUCCUCACCUCUUCUUCCUCCUGCCGGCCUCCCUCUCGGCUGGCUGGCUCUUCUUGCUUUGCCACGAGCGAUCACCACGAAGAAGAAGGCAGGACCUAACCUUGGAGGUAAGACCUCUGCUCUCUUCAUUAGCGCGGGUCUUUUCCUACAUGCUCCGAGUUUCUCCUGAUGUCGACAAUCAUCAUGAGAGUCGACCUUGACUGCGACCGAUGCUACAAGAAGAUCAGAAAGGUCCUCUGCAAGCUCCAAGACAGAGAAAACAUCAAGAUGAUCUCGUACGACGAGAAGAGCAACACGGUGACGGUGUCCGGCUCCUUCGACGCCGAGGAGGUCGCCGACAGGCUCUGCUCCGAUGCUGGCAAGGUGAUCACCGACGUACAAGUCGCCGGAGGGAACCCCGGCGCCAAGGUGGCGCCCAAGCAGCACGGCAAGGAGGGCCACGGCCACGGCCCCGGCCCCCAAGCGCACGGUCACGGCGGCAAGCCGGAGAAGACCAAGCACGUCAAGUUCGGCAUGGACGACGACGAACGAAUCGAUCGGCACGGCCCUGGCCCGCAAGCGCACGGUCACAAUCACGGCGGCAAGCCGGAGAAGACCAAGCACGUCCAGUUCGGCAUGGAGGACGACGAACGGAUCGAUCGGCGCGGCCACCACGACCAAGGCCACGGACACGGACACGGACAUGGGCACGGCAACGGCCACGGCGGCAAGCCGAAGGUAGUAACUACCACGGCGAUGUCACGGAAUGAGGCCCCGCGCGGCCAGCAGCCGGCGUCCAUGACGGCCAUGGCGCCGGUGCGGAUGCCGACGUCGGCGCCUAGCAUGACGAUGAUGCCGCAGGCGAUGGCCACGCCGUCCAUCUGGCCGGCCGCCCCUGGGUGGGGGUACAGCGCACCCGCAUACGGACACGGGUACGCCGGAGGGGCACCUGCCGGCGGGUACUACGGCGGGCCCGUGUACGACCACGGCGCGUACGGGGCGUACGUCGGAGGGUACGGCAGGAAUCCGUACCAGCCGCAGUGCUACGAGGAGGAGCCUAGUGCUGGGUGCAGCGUCAUGUGAUGAACUGAACACGCACACGGAGCGCACAUCAAAACCUUGCUCACUUGCUCAGUUUGUGCCUAUCACGUAUUCACGUUGGUGUGUGUGAUGUGAAACGAUAGGCGAGUAGAUACGUUUAACUCUUUCUGUGUAUACCACUACUCUGUAAUCUUUCCCUAGCUUGUUGUAACAACCUAUAUAAUCCAAAUCUGUAAUCUUCCCCUAA